AUGGGAAGUGAUGGCAUGAAUUUUGAUUCUGUGGAAGUAGCAAAGGAUCAUCACUACAUUAACUACACAUCUCAGAAAACCAACAAUGCAAAGAUCAUGAGGGAAUGGAGAAUCCUAAAAGGAAACCUCCCAGAUUCCAUCCAUGUCCAGGUCUACGAAACGAGGAUCGAUCUGCUUCGUGCAGUCAUCAUUGGCCCGGCUGGAACUCCAUACCACGACGGCCUCUUCUUCUUCGACAUCUUCCUGCCAUCCGAUUACCCCAACAUUCCACCGCAAGUGUACUAUCACUCACACGGCUACCGUUUGAAUCCCAAUCUCUAUCACAACGGGAUACUUUGCCUAAGCUUGAUCAACACAUGGAGUGGCACCAUACAAGAGAAGUGGACUGAUACAUCCACCAUUCUCCAGCUCCUUGUCUCAAUCCAAGGCCUUGUCUUGAACUCGAGGCCUUAUUUCAACGAGCCUGUCUACGCGCCAUUGAAAAACACGGAAAACUCUAUGUGGGUAAAGCGUUCCAAUCUCUACAACGAGAAUGCUUUCAUCCUCUCCUGCACCACUAUGGAAAAGAUCAUCAAACGCCCGCCACAGAAUUUUGAGAGCUUUGUGGUUGAGCAUUUUCGACAGCGUGCUGCCCCGUUGAUACAAGCCAUUGAUCGUUAUCAUCAAGGCCGUGUGGUGGUUGGCGAGUUAGGCAUGACAUCACCAUCCUCUUUAGCUUCUCAAGUUACUGUUUCUUCAAAUUUCAAGAUCGAUUUGAAACGGAUUCGAGGCCAACUUGUGCAGGCCCUCGCCUCCCAUUCCAUUCCAGUUCAGACCAAUCCUAUUGCUGCUGCUACCACAGCCGAGUCUGAGAAGAAGGAUGAACACCGUAAAAAGGGGCUUCUCGGUAGAAUCUCUAGCUUUGUUCUCAACAAGAUUUGGAAAAAGAAACAAGUGAAGAGUAGUGCAAUAGAGAGAAAAUGA